UAUCAGGAGAGAUCAGUUCCCAAAGUGACAUAGAUAUUGUUAGUGUAGGUGAUACCUGUAGCCGUGACAUCACUAUAAACCCCUGGGCAACACUUAAACCCUUGGGAGUGUAUUGCUGCUGAAGGGAACUGCUUGACCUGAAAGUCUGAGGCUUUCUCUCUAUUGAAUUUCCUUCUGCUCAAGGAGCAAAGCUGAUGGGUUCAAUCAAGAAUCCCUAAUUUUAAUGGCUUGCAGUCAAGACUACUGAAGUGACUUUUUUCUUUUUUCUCCUGGACUUUGCAUUUUAUGUUCUUUUUGUUAUCCUUGUCUGUUCCUCCUCCUUACAUUCCCUUGACACUUGUCCUUUCCUUUGGAGGAUGAGAUAAAGAGGGAACUCUGUCCCUGUCAAGACAAGGAGCAGAACAUGUCUGCACAAAGAGGACCAGAGGAAGAAUCAAAAGUCUCCUGGGCAGGCAGGUGUGGGAGAGCUCCUUUGCUGCAGGUUGCUUUCUGGAGUGCCAUCGGUGGGGUUUUGUCACUGUAGUAAAUAUAAUUGGAAGCAGAUUGCUCUUUUUUCUUUUUUUCUUUCUUUUUUUUUUUUUUUUUUUUUAAAUUUUUGAGCCACCAUGCUGCAGCAAAUUUUGCGUGAUAUGUAUAUUGACCCUGAGCUCCUGGCAGAGCUGAACGAAGAGCAAAAGCAGAUCCUGUUCUACAAAAUGAGAGAAGAGCAGCUGAGGCGCUGGAAGGAGAGGGAAGAAAAAGCACGAAUGGAGGAGCCUGUGCUGAGAAAGACAGCGAGGCGCAACCAGAGUAAUGGCAAACACGUGCAGUGGCUGCGUGGGAAGGAUGGUGAGGUCUGGGUCUGGGUGAUGGGAGAAGCCCCAGGUGACAAGCCCUACGAGCAGAUAUCCGAGGAGCUCAUAGCAGAGAGAGCCAGGCAGCAGGCCCAGAGGGAGGCAGAAGAACUAUGGAGACAAAAGGAAGCUGAAAUUACAAAGAAAUUCCGGGAUGCUAUGGCUCAAGAAAAAGCCCGAAUAGUGGCAGAAAAAUGGAAAAUAGAAACAGAGGAUCGGAAAGCAGCCAAAUUGGAGGAAGAAAAAAUUCAGGAGGAACUGAAGAAAAGAGAAGAAGAGGAAAGACAAAAGGGUGAAGAACAAAUCAGGCAGCAGGAAGAAAUCCGAGCAAAGGAGUUGUAUCUGAGCCUCAAGCAAGCUCAGCAGCAUAGUCAGCACAGCGACGAUGACCAGGAGUGGGAAGAACAGUUGCGCCGCUCCAAGGCUGCAGAUGAGGAGAGAAGCCACAAAGCGCGCAGGGCGCGGGAUGAAUACCGGCGGCAAUCCCUGCGUGCCAUCCAGAAGGGAAGAGUGGCUGGCCUGAGUAACUUGUUCCAGGGGACAAACCUGAACAACGACCAGGAGAUAAAACUGAACAACAACAGCGCAAGUCCUUUGCUCUCUCUCUCUGCAGCGCCCAGUAACAUCUGGGAGCGUCCAUCCCGACCCUUCUCCCGAGAUGUCAUCAUCCGCUGGUUCAAAGAAGAGCAGAUCCCCCGACGUGCCGGAUUUGAGAGGAACACCAACAGGAUUGCUCAAUGGUUUCAUGGUAUUAUCAGCCGUCAGGAGGCAGAAGAGUUGUUGAUGAAUAAAUCUGAAGGCACAUUCCUGGUGCGAGUCAGUGAGAAAAUCUGGGGCUACGCGUUGUCUUAUCGCCAGCAAAGCGGGUUCAAGCACUUCCUGGUUGAUGCUUCAGGGGAUUUCUACAGCUUCUUGGGGGUAGAUCCCAACCGACACGCAACACUCACAGAUCUGAUCGAUUUUCACAAGGAAGAAAUCAUCACAUCAUCAGGUGGGGAGCUACUACUGGAGCCAUGUGGACAGCAGAAGAAUCCACCAGACUACAGCUCUUUAUUUGAAUAACUGAUCCAGGACUAACAGGGAUGCAUUCUGGUUAGCAGUAGUAAUAAAUAGCUACAAGAGUAAACACUGAAAGUAUUUAACAAACUUGCAAAGCCACUGGUCUUGUGGCCAAAAAGUAUCCUCAAUAGGAGGCCUAAAAUAUUCCUGUUCUGCAUCUGAGUUAACAUCAUUAGUCAUGUUGCUAGCAUGUGAAAGGUGAGAAAUUACCAGCAAAUUACUAAAGAGGAUACUCCCAGAAAAUUUUCAAGGGAUUGUGGCCAAUUGCACUGAAUGCUAACUUCCUAUCCUAAUUUUUUCAUGUCUGAUGCACCAAGAAGCAUGGCCAGGAGCUGUUCAUACUGUAUGAAGCACCAGUGUUGGUGAACAGAUUCUUUUUUCCAAAGCAAGGUUUGUCAGGUUCUGUUGACAAUCUCAUUACUCGGUGGUGCACUUUUGAUAACAAGAGAAGCGGUCUUAAAACAUCCUUCUGCAGUUUGUGAUUGCUUACAUGGGUAGGUGUAUCUUGACACUUGGCAUUAUGCUUUUGAAUUCAGACCUACAAAAUUCCCCACAGCAGAGACAGAACAAGGUCACGCACCUUAUAUUUACAAUUUCACGCAGUCCAACAGCCUUGGAAGAAACUUUACUCCUGCACAGUAAGUGGUCAGUUUAUUGCAAAGAAAACAGUUUGAC